AUGAUGAAUGGCGAUAAUGUCUCGAUUUCUAAUCUUGUAAAGGGGUUUUACGAUGCCGCAGCACAGGACAGAAAAAAUAUUUCUUUAUCUCGAAGAAAGAAAUCCAGAAUUUAUUAUAUGCGAAAUCUUAACAACUGGAUUAAAGGCUCAUUAAUUUCUCGAUAUAUUGAUCUUAUAUUUGACAGAAAACAUAAUUCUGACGUCAAUGUUCUGGACUUUUGUUGUGGUAAAGGUGGUGAUCAGAAAAAGUGGCAGGUUGGUAGGGUUGAUCACGUUACCUUUGUGGAUAUAUCGUCAGCCUCUAUUGACAUCUGCAGAGAACGAUAUGAAACUCUACGUUCAAGAGAUGGACGUCGAAGUCUCUAUUCAGCGGAUUUUAUCGUCCACGAUUGUACAACUCCACUCAAGUUAGAAAAAUUGUAUAGUAUUGUCAAUUGUCAAUUUGCUUUACACUACGCUUUCGAAUCUAUUGAUAAGGCACGAAUUAUUCUUCAAAAUUGCAGCCAGGCUCUUGAAGAUGGUGGUUUUUUACUUAUCACCGUGCCAAAUGCCUAUGAACUCAUUAGACAUUUAAAACAAAGUGAAGAUAAACGCUCCUUUGGCAAUUCUGUUUAUAAAAUCACAUUUGAUGAACCUUUUAUGGGUGCUGACAAACCUCCAGCACUCUUUGGUGCUCGUUAUCAUUUCCACCUUGAAAGUGUUGUAGACUGUCCUGAAUAUCUCGUAUAUCCACCUCUUUUAGUUUCUAUGGCUGAGGAAUUAGGGUUGGAAUGUGUCCAGGGACCAACUCCCUUCUCUGAUUUCUUUAAAACAGUCACAUCAGAUUCGAGGUCAGAAGGAAUGGAUCUUCUCAGAACAAUGGAUGCUCUUGAAUCUUGGUUUCCUCCUGAUCAGUCUCUUUCUGGACUCGACUCGUCUUCUCAUAUGCGCAGAGAUAGAAGUCGCAGUCAAAUUGGUUCACGGGAUUUGAACGGUGUUCGAAGAGAUCGGAGUCGAAGCCCCAUUCAGGAGUGUUGUGGUAGGAGUCUGGUGGCUGGAGAUGAACCUGGAGCUUAUCGAUAUGUUGAAGAGAAACAGGAUAGACUCAAACAACCUGUGGGUACAAUCUCUCUGCCUGAAUGGGAAGCUUUUUGUACAUAUUGUAUCUUUGUGUUUAAGAAAGUUGUGACUUCUAAUGAUGUGUAA